AUGCGGUCAAUUGCUUUCUACCUCCAGUUCGCGCUCGCCGCGGCGGCAAUCGUCAAGCGAUGCCCUCAGCAGCCCGAGGAGCCUGGCACGGGGAACGCGACAAAAGUGUAUGAGGCCGAAGAUGCUACACUAGUCGGCAGCACAAGGGUCGCGACCGAACUCGCUGGUUUCACUGGCACUGGCUACGUAACUGGCUUCGAGGGACCCAACGACAAGCUCACCUUCACUGUUACGAGCGCGAAGCAAGGCCUCUACGACCUUACCAUCCGCUACGCCGGUAUCUACGGCAACAAGUAUACCAACAUUGUCCUCAACAACGGCGGCACUGAGCAGGUCUACCUUCCCGAGACCACUGACUUCCAGAAUGCUGCUGGCGGACAGGUGCUUUUGAAUGCUGGCGACAACACUAUUGACAUCCUGACCCACUGGGGAUGGUACCUCAUCGACUCGAUCACCAUUGCACCCACUGCCCCUCGCGGACCGCACAACGUCAACGCCAACCUCGUGAACCCCAAUGCCGACGCCCCGACCAAGGCCCUCUACAGCUACCUCCGCUCCAUCUACGGCAAGAAGAUCCUCUCAGGUCAACAGGAGCUCGAAUGGGCCGACUGGCUCCAGCAGCAGACUGGCGAGACCCCGGCUCUUCUCGCGGUUGACCUCAUGGACUACUCUCCUUCCCGUGUCGAGCGUCAGGGCCAGGUCGCUACCACUGUCGAGGACGCCAUCGAGUUCCACAACCGCGGCGGUAUUGUCUCGGUGCUUUGGCACUGGAACGCGCCCGUUGGUUUGUACGACACCCCGGAGCAACGCUGGUGGAGCGGUUUCUACACGGCUGCCACUGACUUCAACGUGGCUACUGCUUUGGCCGACACAACCAACGCCAACUACACGCUUCUGAUCCGUGACAUUGAUGCCAUCGCUGUUCAACUCAAGAGGCUCGAGGAUGCUGGUGUUCCCGUACUCUGGCGCCCACUUCACGAAGCCGAGGGCAAGUGGUUCUGGUGGGGUGCCCAGGGCCCCGAGCCCGUCAAGAAGCUGUGGAACAUUCUGUAUGAGCGCCUCGUCAACCACCACGGUAUCAACAACUUGAUCUGGGUGUGGAACUCUGUUGAGGCGGACUGGUACCCAGGUGACGCGACGAUCGACAUCCUCAGCGCAGACGUCUACUCCCAGGGCAACGGCCCCAUGUCCGGCUUGUACAAUCAGCUCGUCGAGCUAGGCAACGAUAAGAAGCUGAUUGCGGCAUCGGAGGUUGGCGCCGCGCCGCUUCCCGAUCUUCUACAACUUUACGAGGCUCACUGGCUAUGGUUCGCCGUGUGGACCUCGCCCUUCAUCAACGAUCCUGCGUGGAACAGCCUCGAUGUUCUUCGUGAGGUUUACGGCAGCGAUUAUGUUCUGACGCUGAGCGAAAUCCAAGGAUGGCAGGCAGCACAUAGCUGA